UCAAAGGGAUGAACUUUCUGAACUGGCAUGGUCCACAAGCCCAACUGUUUGUUUCAGAGCCAGAGCUUAUCAAGGAAAUACUGAACAACAGAGAGGGCGCAUACCCAAAAAUGAAAUCAGAAGGCUUUGCAAAGAAGCUCAUGGGGCAAUCCAUGAUAACCAAUGAAGGCGAAAAGUGGGCGAAGAUAAGGAAACUAGCCAACCACACUUUUCAUGCAGAAAGCUUAAAGGGUAUGGUCCCGGAAAUGAUUCUAAGCGUUGAUGCCAUGUUAGAAAACUGGAAGAAAUUUGAUGGGAAGGAUGUCGAUGUUUAUAAGGAAUUUGGGCUUUUGACAACCGAAGUCAUCUCGAGGACAGCUUUUGGGAGCUGUUUCAUGGAGGGGAAACAUAUUUUUGAGAUGGUAGCCAAGCUUACCUCUAUUACUGUCAAAAAUGUUUAUAAUGUCAGAUUUCCCUUAAUAAGUAAAAUAGUAAAGACAGCUGAUGAGUUAGAAGCAGGAAAACUUGAGAGGAACAUUAAAAGUUCUGUUUUAGAGCUUGUAAAGAAAAGAGAGGCAGACAUGGUUGGAAAAUCUUCCUUUGGCGAUGACUAUCUCGGCCAACUUAUAAACGUUUAUCAUGAUCCGAGUAAUGGAAUCAUGAUAGACCAAAUGAUCGAUGAAAUCAGGACGAUAUAUGGAGCCGGGCAUUUGACAACCACAAACUUGCUUGCUUGGACUAUAUUUCUUCUAUCAAUAAAUAUUGAUUGGCAAGAAAAAGCAAGGAAUGAGGUUAUUGAGUUGUUCGGCCAUGAAAAACCUAGUUCGGAUGGUAUCGCGCGACUAAGAAACGUAAGCCCGUUAAUUAUAAAAAUUACCAAUUCAAUUUGAUACAAAUUUUAUUUUAUUAUUUUUAGAUGAAUAUGAUCAUCAAUGAAGUUUUGAGACUAUACCCUCCUGUAAUGACCGUGACAAGGGGAGUCCAAAGGGAUGUGAAGUUAGGGAAUGUCACACUACCACCAAAUAUGAACAUCUUUAUACCUAUUUUGGCAUUGCAUCAUAGCCCUGAAAUAUGGGGUAAAGAUGUUCAUCUUUUCAAGCCGGAGAGAUUCGGCCAAGGGGUGGCAAAAGCCACAAACAACAUGCCUGCGGCGUUUCUCCCUUUUGGAAUGGGUCCUCGUACAUGUGUAGGGCUCAACUUUACAACAAACGAGACGAAAAUAACACUCUCAAUGAUCUUGCAACGCUACAAGUUUGUUAUUUCACCGAAAUAUGUUCAUGACCCGGCUGAAAUCUUCCUUGUCACCCCGAAAAAUGGAGUUCAAGUAAUCUUGCAUCCAAUAAAGUAGUUUUAUUUGUU